AUGGCCUCUUUUGUUCUUGACCAUGUUCCAACUUCCCUGGUGGACCUCUUGACCAACACAUUGAUCCUACGCCAAACCGCCCCAUAUCUACCUAUCAGUUCUCUGUGCGCCUUGGCGAAGACAUCCAGAGCGCUUCGGCACAUCAUCCGCCAGUCUCCAGAAGCCUUCCGUUAUCUGGAUCUUUCUCCCAUCAAGUCUGCAAUAUGUCCUAUCAAAGAGCCACUGGAUUCUGGUGGUAACAACUGGCGACGUGAGCGUAUGGAUGAGUCGCUCACCGAGGAUGAUUUCUAUUCCGGGCCACUACGAAGCAUCUUCUCGAAACUUGAGCAGCAACAAGUCCUCCGCAACGUCAACACACUAGUGCUUGAUGGUCUCAGCGUAACAGCGGAGUGUGUGAAGGAGCUGAUAACAGAAGAUCGAUACAACGUCCGCAUCCUUUCGAUCCGAGAAGUGAAGCACUUGAACGAAAGGAAGCUUCAGCAGUACCUACGAUAUGCGGUGCGCCCAUCGAGACCAGCAGGGACGCCACGCGUCAAAGGCAUCUACCUUUUCGGUCCUCGCGACAUCGCCCCCCUUGUUACAUCGCCUGCGAAACGAUCCGCCUCGCCCGAUUCGCGAGGGGUCAUGUCAUCGCGAGGGGUCAUGUCAUCGCAAGGGGCGCAGAUAGGCGCAGAGUGGAACCAAAAGUCGACAGAGGCACUGAACACGGCACUGGCACGGACACAAGACAAAUGGUACCAGUCUUCGGGCAGAAUGAUAACAAAGCGUCCGUCGUCAGACUGGGCGGAGAUCCUGCAGGCGUGCGAGGGCAUCAUCGCAUUUGAUGCUGUGUUGUGCCGGGGUCCCAGGCACGACCCGUCAAAAGCCUACAUCAGAGAAGGAUCUGCUAGUAGCAUACCGCACCCAGCUUCAUUCCUUCGCCCUGCAAUCGCCACAGUCGCUCUGGGUCCUUCUGGAUGCGAGACUUGUCAUUCUUGUCCUGAAGAGCCAGCUACCUUCGGGCACUCUUCGCCUGCACACUUCCCACUCCUGAGCCCAGUCCCCCUUCACUGGAGCUCGAUUCGAGCAGCUCAGAAGCCUUACACGAUCGAUGGAUCAAGCCCACCUCCUCUUUUUGUGCGGUGUGAAGACUGUCUCAAGGGUCGCUGGUGCGAGCGCUGUCACAAAUGGUGGGAUGAGGGGUGCUAUGCUGGGUCAACGGUAGCACAACGCACCGAACUUCAACAAACCGAACUCCUGGAGACACUCAAUACCGACGGACGGACACAGUUGAUUCCCAAACAAACCAUCAAGGUACAUAUGGGCCUUUGCACACAGCACUGCCUCCGGGAUGAAUGGAUGGCCGGUGCUGGAGGAGACGGGAUGUGGGGAUGA